AUGAAUACUCUUCGAAGAGCAUCCCUUAGCAAGCCUGAGGAGGCAGGCAAGGCAUGGCCUGCCAUCGCCAUCGGCUGUUUCGUCGCCUUUGGUGGUGUCCUCUACGGUUAUGAUACAGGUACCAUCUCUGGUAUCCUAGCUAUGCCCUACUGGCAGCGCCUUUUCAGCACCGGCUACACAGAUGCCAAGGGCAACCCGGCCAUUACAACAGCUCAAGAAUCGAGUAUCGUCUCGAUCCUUUCAGCUGGUACUUUCUUCGGCGCUCUGUCCUCCCCGUUCAUGACAGAUUAUAUCGGCCGUCGUCCUGGUCUUAUGAUUGCAACUUGGGUUUUCAACCUGGGUGUCAUUCUUCAGACUGCUGCUACUGCCAUUCCCAUGUUUUUGGCGGGCAGAUUCUUUGCAGGAUUCGGAGUUGGUCAAAUUUCCGCUAUCAUUCCUCUCUACCAGUCCGAGACAGCCCCCAAAUGGAUUCGAGGUGCCAUCGUCGGUUCAUACCAGUGGGCCAUUACAAUCGGUCUACUACUCGCAGCCAUCGUAAACAAUUCCACAGGAAAGCGUAACGACACAGGCUCUUACCGCAUUCCCAUCGCCGUCCAAUUCGCCUACUCCCUCUUCCUCUUCUGCGGCAUGAUCCUCCUCCCCGAGACUCCUCGAUUCCUCAUCAAGAAAGACCGCCACGAAGACGCAGCUCGCGCUCUUUCAAAGAUCCGUCGUCUUAGUCCCGAUCAUCCUGCCAUCCAGGCUGAGAUCUCCGAGGUCAGGGCGAACCACGACUACGAAAAGACCCUCGGAAAGGCCUCGUACAUCGAUUGCUUCAAACCACCUAUUCUGAAGCGUCAAUUCACAGGCUGUGCACUCCAGGCUUUGCAGCAGCUGACCGGAAUCAACUUCAUCUUCUACUACGGAACCAAGUACUUCCAAAAUUCGGGUAUUUCUAGCGGCUUCACCAUCUCCAUGAUUACAUCAGCUAUCAAUGUUGCUUCUACUCUCCCUGGCAUGUGGGCUAUCGAUAAAUGGGGUCGCAGGCCUCUUCUACUCUGGGGUGCUGUCGGCAUGUGUGUCUCUCAGUUCAUCGUCGCCAUGGCCGGUACCUUCUCCACAGGCCAGAACUCUGAUGGAACCAUCUUUGUUAAGAACCUGGCUGGACAAAAGGCUGCUGUCUCCUUUGUCUGUAUCUACAUCUUCUUCUUUGCCUCUACCUGGGGACCUUUGGCUUGGGUCGUCACCGGCGAGAUCUUCCCCCUCAAGACCCGUGCCAAGUCUCUCAGUAUGACCACUGCUACCAACUGGCUUUUCAACUGGGCUAUCGCUUACUCUACUCCCUACCUCGUCGACUACGGCAGCGGAAAGGCCAACCUCCAGUCCAAGAUCUUCUUCAUCUGGUUCGCGUGCUGUUUCCUGUGCAUCGCCUUCGUCUACUUCUUCAUCUACGAGACCAAAGGACUCUCCCUCGAGGAGGUUGACCAGCUCUACGAUGAAGUUACCGUUGCCAGCAAGUCCAAGCACUGGAAGCCCACCGAGACCUGGGAGCACCGCCAGAGCGUCUCCGGGCCUGGCGGCAAGAUGUUCGGAAACGAAGAGGGACAGGUUUCACACAACGAGAAGCACGAUGCUUGA